UAAAGAACACUUUGGAACUGGAGGACGAAGGAUGGAAGACCAGGAAAGUAUAGUGUUACUAAUAAAAAUGAUCGUAGAGGUAAUAGACAAAUUAGUAAAGGAUGUCAAAAUGCUACAAGCUGAACAACGACGUCUCAAGCCCUUAAAGCUUGGAAAAAGAAAUUGGAUAACGAAGAAUGUGAAAUAG